CGUGGAUGGGAAAACGCAAAUUCAGAAGAUAUGUUAACAUCGUUGGGACCCUGGAGCGUGUGCCCAUUUAUGUGUGUGUGUGUGUGUUCCUGGGCCCCGGUUUUUCCCGCUCCCACGAAGACCUCACAGGAGUUGCCUCUGCAAGGUCCACCCGGCCCUCCCUGGACCUUCACCCGGCCGGGCCGUGGGGGACCUCUUCACCAAGUACUACCGGCUGCAGGAGGUGAACCGGCAGCUGGAGGCCGACACCAAGGCCGCGGUCGCACGCUUCGGGGCGAUGAUCCGCGACAUCUACAGGCGGAAGAACCCCGAGAAGCUCGGAGACGUGGACGCAGGCGGCCGUCGCCGCGGAGAUGCUGGAGGUCCUGGACGACCUCGAGCUCGCGGUGCGCCAGGGCGGCCUGGACCUCUGACGGGGUGCGGCCCAUCGCCGAGAAGCUCGAGGCGAAGCUGCGGGCGCUGGGGCUGGAGCGCGUGGAGACGGUGGGCGCGCCAUUCGACCCCCGGCGCCACGAGGCCGCCGGGCGGCGGGAGGCGCCCGGCUUCGGCGCGGAGGUGGUGUGCGAGGAGAGCUGCGGUCCGGCUGGCUGCUGGAGGACCGCGUGGUGCGCGCCGCGGUGGUCGCCGUGGCUGCGUAGCGCGCGCGCGCUUGCCGCGGGCCGCCGCGUGUGCUCCCGUGCCGCGCCGAGAUUUCAUACCGCUUCCUCGUCGUCCUGUCCUCGCCCUCCCCCCCUCCUGGCCGGCUGACGAUGAGCCGCCAUCGAGCUCGAGUUCGAGCUUCCCUCCCGCCUCUCCGCCUCGC